AUGGGGGCGAGCAGCUCCAGCAGGGCACCCCCCUCUGAUGGGAACGAGGAUGUUACCUUCGACCAUUUUGAGAUUUUGCGAGCUAUUGGGAAGGGCAGCUUUGGAAAAGUCUGUGUGGUGCAAAAGACUGACACCAAGAAGAUGUACGCCAUGAAAUACAUGAACAAACAGAAGUGUGUGGAGCGAAAUGAAGUGAGAAAUGUUUUCAAGGAGCUGCAGAUUAUGCAGGGCCUGGAACACCCUUUCCUGGUUAAUUUAUGGUACUCAUUCCAGGAUGAAGAGGAUAUGUUCAUGGUGGUUGACCUGCUGCUCGGAGGGGACCUGCGCUACCACCUCCAACAAAAUGUGCGGUUCCAAGAGGCGACUGUGAAACUCUUCAUCUGUGAGCUGGUGCUGGCCCUUGACUACUUGCAGAGCAGGCACAUCAUCCACAGGGAUAUCAAGCCCGACAACAUUUUACUGGAUGAGCGCGGACACGUGCACGUCACUGAUUUCAAUAUUGCCACCAUGCUGACCAAGGAGAGCCCUGUCACCACCAUCGCUGGCACCAAGCCCUACAUGGCACCUGAAAUGUUCAGCUCCACAAAACCCACCAGCUACUCCUUUGCCGUGGACUGGUGGUCGCUGGGAGUCACUGCCUACGAGCUGCUCAGAACCCGGAGGCCGUACCGCAUUCUGUCCAGCGCUUCCCCGGGUGACAUCGCUCGCGUGCUCGGGACGGCGGCGGUGGCGUUCCCGGCGGCGUGGAGCCCGGGCAUGGUGGGGCUCCUCAGGAAGUUGCUCGAGCUGAACCCCGAGAAACGUUUUUCUCAGCUCAAGGACAUCCAGUCCUUCCCGUACCUGUCUGAUGUGAACUGGGAUGCUGUUCUCCAGAAAAGAAUACUGCCAGAAUUCAUUCCUGUGAAAGGCAGACUGAACUGUGACCCAACCUUUGAACUGGAGGAAAUGAUCCUGGAAUCCAAACCUCUUCACAAAAAAAAAAAGCGCUUGGCUAAGAAGGAGAAAGACACAAGCAAAAGCAAUUCAUCCCAGGCCAGCCACCUCCAGAAGCACCUGGAAAUGCUCCAGAGAGACUUCAUUGUUUUCAACAGAGAAAAGGUAAGACCCCACCAUGACAGCAUCCAAGAGACCAUGACAAAAAGUGGCGGCCCACACAGGGAGGACAAUCAGAUCAUCAACCUCUGA